AUGGUUACCAAAGUACAUUUUGAACAAGUUGAAGAAAAAUAUCCGCAGAAAUUGAACAAGAUGAUAACUCAAAAACCGUUAUCUGGUGUUACUCAAUCAGUAACUACGCUGAAUUCACAUCCCACUGUCGUUUCUCCCCAUAAUAAUGUUAUAAAUAGUGAAGAAACAGUUCAACUACAAACAGUAAUUGCAAGAACUCCAUCACCAUCCAAUUCAUCAUCUUCUCUUCUGAAGGCUAUGGAUAAAACUAACAAUACUGAUUUAUCAAAAAUUAUCAAUCCAGAUCGAAAUUCAGUUGAAGAACAAGAAUAUGCCAAUACCAUUCGACAAUAUGCAAAAAAGAUUUAUCAUCAGUUUUAUUUACAAAAACAGAAAUAA